AUGUUGUCGACGCUCACUUCUCUUCUUGGAUCCGGGAACGUCGAUUCGAUACACAAGAUACCUUUGAAAGCCACCUCAGAGCCCCGGGCUCUUCCGGCGUCAUGGUAUUCCAGCCCUCACAUGUACGAACUCGAACGUCGAGCCAUAUUUUCGAAGAAGUGGCUCCUGGUCACUCAUAAGCUGAGGUUCACCAAGCCGGGCGACUUCUUACGCUUCGAGCAGGCUGGAUAUUCUUUUGUGCUUUGCAUGGACAAGGACGGCAAGAUAAAUGGCUUCCACAAUAUCUGCAGGCACCGCGCCUUCCCCGUCGUCACUGAGGAUGCCGGCAACGCGAGAAUCUUCUCCUGCAAGUAUCACGGCUGGUCGUACGGGUUGAACGGGAAGCUCGCAAAGGCUCCUCGAUUCGAAAGCGUGCCAACCUUUGACAAGGAGAACCACACCUUAUUCGCGGUUCAUGUGCAUAUCGAUGCACUGGGCUUCGUAUGGGUCAAUCUCGACGCCUCGAUCAGCCCAUCAGUAGCGUGGGAGGAGGACUUCAAAGACGUCGAUACCCAGGAACGAUUCCAGGCAUUUGACUUCUCGCAGUACAAGUUCGACCACGUGUGGCAGAUGCAAGGCGACUACAAUUGGAAGACGCUCGCAGACAACUACAACGAGUGCUAUCACUGUCAAGUGGCUCACCCCGACGUGGCCAAGUUGGCCGAUCUCACAUAUUAUUACACUGUCCCCAAGCUUGGCUAUAUCCAACACUUUUCUCGCCCGAAGCAAGGGCAAGAAGACGUGGACAUCAAGAACGCAAGCACCUACUACUUUCCCAACGCUUGCAUGACUGUCUCGCCGCACUUCUUCUAUAUGAUGCGCUGUGUCCCAACAUCUGCGACCACCUGUUCCAUGGAGUAUGAGGUCUAUCGGCACGUCGAUGCUUCGGACGAGGACUUCGGGUACAUCGACUCCUUCUUUAAACGCGUCCUCGCUGAAGACAAGCACCUCUGCAACGCGGCCCAGAAGAACUUGAAUAGCGGAGUGUUCAUCAACGGCGAGUUACACCCUCACCUCGAGAGCGCCCCUCUCUACUUCCAGAAUGUAGUCAGGCGGCUCGUCACAGAGCACCGAAAGAACGAGGAGGCAACAGGCGAAGAAAUAUGGCCGGCACGUCGGUCGCUACCCGUCUCGAAAAUCACAGAGGAUGAUGCGGCUUUUUGUGCUGGACUGGCGUGCGAUGCCGUGAAAUCAGCCGAAACGGAAUGGUGA